AAAAACCGAUGGAAAAUGGUCCGCCCAAUUUUUCCCUAAAACCCUAUUCCAUCUAUGUUACGCCCAAUCUAGAAAAUAUUUUCUCUCUUCUUCUUCGGCUGAAACUUCUUCCCUUCGCCUUCCCUACGACCUCCAUCCGCCUUCCCUGCACCGUCAUGACUUAUGUUCGCCUCCUUUGUUCACCGUCAUGGGUUGUGACUCAAUCGAUCCAGCAUUCGCUCAAUUCGACCAUGUUUUUGUUCACGUCGAUAACAAUCCUCGUCUCUCUAACUCCGUCUUCUCCGAUUCACCCGAUGACCCUGACGCAGAAUUUGACAGCGAUGACGGAUUUGCUGAAGGUAGUGGUCCUUUGCCGGACGACGUGAGGAAGGAGAUUCUGGAAUUAGGGUUUCCGGAUGAUGGUUAUAACUACUUGUAUCAUUUGAGGGAAAUUAAAAAAACUGGCGGUGGCUCAAAUUUCUUUAGUAACCCUAAGUUUAAACUUGAGCAUGUUAGUGAAGUUAAGGCUUAUGAUGCUUCGAGAGUGCGAAUUAAAGAGGCGGCGAAGAAAGAGCCCGAAAAAAACACUUUGUACAGUGUUGCAUCCCAUACUGCUAAUGUAAAGGUUCAAAAAGCUGUUGAUUCUGAAGUUGCCGCACUGCUUGAUGAUAGUGAUGUGUCACGGUUUGGCUCUGAUGUCGAAGAUUUGGAGAAAAACUUUAUUGUCCAGGCUAACCUCUGUUAUGACAAAGAAGAUGAAGAGAAGGCACACACGUCCAAUGGAAAGAACUUCUCCGAGGAGUCUAUGAUGAGUAGGAGCUUAAACAAUAAACAAGUAUCUCAAGUUUCUACUUAUUCCACUCUAUAUAUGGUUCUCUAUAUAUGGCUAUUUUUUACGUGUGACAGAAUUAAUAUUUGAUGACUAAAUGAUUUUCAUUCACUCAUGUAAUCAUAGUGGGAAUGGAUCAUGGAACAUAAAUAAAAUCAAAAUGAUUUACCAGCACAUAUAGUUUGGUAAAAAGAACAUUAUUGAAUGAGUGAGUGAGACAUAAAAUAAAGUACCUUUUACCUUAAACAUUCUGCUUUAAACUACUACAUUUAUAUCAGUGGUGUUUAAGCUCUCUCUUUUGCUAUCUUCCAUCACCUCAUUAAUCAUCACACAUCCAUUUUCAAAGCAUAACAUUCCAUGUACCCUCCAAAGUGAGCAAAAAUUGGUAAACAUCACAGCACUUCAAAUCACAAGAUAUACACGUACUGUAACCAGCAAUUUUGUGAGUUUUGUCUCUUCUUGCUCUUUUUAUUGGAUUCUAAUCCGAAAAGAAACA